AGAACAGGUAUCAUCAGCUUCCUGUACUUGAAGUAUCAGCAGUAAAAGUACACUGGUAGGUAAAGUAUAAUCAAUGAAAGUACACAAGGUGUUUAAGUAUCAUAAGUAGAAGUACACAAGUAGUUGUAGUAUCAGCAGCAACAGAGUCUGUGGUUCAAUGUGGCGGCCAGCAGGGGAUGCUGAUGGGCCAAGAGACUGUCAACUAGCAGAAACACAAGAAGAAGCUGAAUAUGAUAAUAAUAAUAGUAAACCUCAGGUAAAUGAGAGAUAAAUGGCUAAUAAAUAAGUGGUAAUCAAUCAGUAAAUAACCGGUAAACAGUCUGUAAAUAGGAUGAUCUCAGACAGCUAGACAGGUGUGUACAGACAGACAGGUGUCUCUACCUGCUGUGUGCUUCCGUUGGUAUUUGUUCAUUAUCGUUAUUUUGUGUGAAGUGCUUUUAUUGUGGACGUUCUCUGAGUCCUGUCAGCUGUGGACUUUUAUUGUGAAACCCAUGGAGGAGGUCGCUGCGGACUGUCAGAAACAUUACGGUACUGCGGCACUCCGCGGCCUUUACGGUAAAACGGCGGGGACAGGAAGUGAGUUCAAGCAGCCGCAGAAGAAGAAGAAAAAGAAGAAGAUGAAGCUCGCGCUGAAAUGAGUGAAAGCGGCGCUCAGCUGUUUGCUCGUCUGGAGGGCCGUCGCUGUCUGAAGGAUAUUGAGCCUCAUCUGUUCCCUGAAGAUGGAGGACCAGACCAUGGUGAGGUGGUGGAGCUGUGUGGGAUGGAGGGGACAGGUAAGACGGAGCUGCUGUACCACCUGCUGUGCCGCUGUGUGCUGCCGGAGGCGGCCGGCGGUCUGGAAGUGGACGUUGUGUUUGUGGACACCGACUACAGUCUGGACAUGUUACGACUGGUUAGCAUCCUGGACAGCAGGCUGAACACAGCUCUGUCCAGCAGCUUCUCUGCCGGGUCGGAGGAGGCGGCGCUGCGUUCGUGUCUGUCCCGCCUCCUGGUUGUUCACUGCUCCUCCUCCUCACAGCUCCUCCUCACCCUGCACUUCCUGGAGACCUCCUUGUCGUCACGGCCCAGCCUGGCGCUCCUCCUCAUCGACAGCAUCUCCGCUUUCUAUUGGCUGGACCGCUGUGGGGGCGGGGCCAGCGUCACUAAGCAAGAGGAGAAACUCAGCAAGUGUGCCGAGCUGCUGGGACGACUGCUCAGGGAUUAUAGAGUGACCGUCUUCGCCAGCUGCCACGCCAUCAGGAGGAGCUCCAGCGGACCCUCCUCCUCCUCAGACUCGUACCUGUGUCGCUCCUGGCAGCGGCUGGUCUCCCACCGGCUGCUCUGCUCCAGGCAGGAUCCUGCUGUCGACAGGGAGCAGAGGAGGAGGCAGGUCUUCACUGUCCGCUGCACCUCCUCCUCCUCCUGCCGCGUGAAGGCCUUCAGGAGCAGCUCUUUCUACGUUACAGAUGGAGGAGUGGAGUUUAUUGGAACCUCCUCCUCACAGGACAGUGAACAAAGUCAAUGAAGUUCUAUUCUCUGCUGAUGAAACUGUAAACACAAUUCUGUUUUUGUCUGAUUCAGUAAAACCUCCCGCAGCUUUUGGUUCUGAUGGUUUCAUCUGAGAAAAUAUCUGUCACAGUUUAAUAAAAGUUUGUGAACCAGA